AUGGGGGGCCGGACCAGCACUCGGGAGCUGCAGCUGGGGCUCUCGCAGCAGCCGCCCGUGGCGCAGCCCAUGGCGCUCCUGCCGCUCGCCGGAAGCGUGCCGCGCGCGCCGCCCUCCCACCACGCCGCCGACGCGUGGGCGGCGCCGCCGGCGGAGCCGCUGCGUCGCAUGCGCCGCGUGCCUGGACUCUCGGCGGUGGCUGCUCAAGAGGCGCGUGCGCGACUGGCGCCCUUCCUCCAGGUCGGCAGGGUGCGCCUGGGCGGAAUCGCCCCCGGCACGCCUCCAGCGGGUGCGCCAGCGCCGGCGCUGCUCAUGCUCUGGCCUGAGCGGCGGGCCGCAGCUGGCCAGGCCACCCUCGGCGCGCACGGGCCACUCGCGGAGGCCUCCGCCACCAGAGCGCGUGACGAGGCCACGCCCGUCGACGCGGGCGGGCAAGGCCUCAAUCAGGAUCCACGAGGCCACGUCCAGCAGCGCGGGAGCGUGAGGCUCGACCUCGCAGGAGACCCCGGUGCCGCCGCGCCAGUCCUUCGCCGUUUGGCAGGCUGGCGUGGCCCGCCUUGUCGACGACGAACCACCUUAUCGGCCGCGGGUUGCAUCUGUCUCGCCCCCUCUUUUCGGCAGAGGACUUGA